UUUUCUUUCCUCCCUUGCUAUUUGAUUGUUCCUGGCUGUGUUCAUUUAUGGUUUUAACGCAGAUGUCAUAGGAGUUGUUAUCCAUGCAUUGCCUCCGCGGGAUGUGUGUUUUGGAGGAAACAAGCGAUAUGGCAGAGAUUAUAUUAUAGUAGACCAAAGUAAGCGCCCAGUGGUGCUGACUUUGUGGGAUGAUUACGAGGCUAUUGAGGGUCGUGCUAUUGAUGAAUUAAUGGCGUCCAUGCCGAUUAUUAUUGCUGUGAGGGUCAGGGUUAUCACGCAGAAUUACCUGUCUCUCUCAACUCAGCCAUCCUCUGUUAUCAUUGUUGCUCCUGCUGUUCUUGAAACAAAAAAACUUGAUGAUUGGUCUAAUGCUAAUGUAUCAGAGCUGGUUCGUAUGGUUUUUGAUGAUAUGGCCUACCGUGAUCCGUGCAUUCUAUUACCCCCUGUUCGUGACGCGACACUAACAAUGAUUUCUAAUCUUGUAUCCGAGUCCAGAUCCGUUACUGCCGGGGACCAGGGGACUUUUUGGAUUAAGGGCCGUGUUGAAAUUGCAUGGCCUUCGGCUUGGUUUUGGCAUAUGGCCUGUCCCCACUGUUAUGAACUGUAUGAAUUUUCAUCCACUUUGGGGAUCAUAUGCCUGAGUUGUGGUCAGGGAAUGCAUGAGUUCCCUAGGGCAUGGGUUCGUCUUACGGUGUUCAACAGUACUGGUUACGUUAAUGUUAUUGCCUUGGGCCCAGAAGCUGAGAAACUUAUCUGCCUAAGUGCUACUGAUAUGUAUCGCGUUUCUGAGGAUGAGACUUUUGAAAUUUCAAAACGUGUGUCUCGUCGUCUAGAUGGAAAGGAACUGUUGUGUUACCUUAAACAUUCGUCCAGGAUGAUCAGAACAGAAAAAUUUACUCGCUACACUAUUGUUGCUUGUUACCCUGUUUCCGGAAGUGCCUCUUCUCAGUACAUACCUUUUGGAGACAGUGUUUAGCUUAUUAUCUUAAUUGGCACCCUUGUAGCCUGUUGCGUUGCUUUGUCUUAUGUUUGUAUCUCAUGGUUGGGUUUUGCUGUUUUUAGUUGUUGGAUUUACAGCUUCUGGCCGUGUAAUGGGAGUAGCCGUCUUGUUGGGUAUUUCUUGCCUGUUAAGCCUUAUGGUUUGUAAUGAAUGGAUUUUAUUUUAAUGGAUGUUUAUGGUGGUUUUA